AUGACUGCAUUCGACCCUGAAAUACUAGAUUUUGCCCCACGCAAAUUCAUUGUUGGAUCCGCCACUGCCUUUAUUAGAGCUGACUUGCAGUACUAUUUGAUUCCAGUUGAUAUGGUUGUAAAUGCUACAGUGCAGGCUGCUAUUGCAAAACAUGGAUACUUGCAAAAUCCAGAACUAAAUGUCUAUAAUGUGGCAUCAACAUCUGUGAAUCCUGUCUCAUUAUCUCAGAUUUUCGACUAUUCUUAUGAUUUUUUUCAGUUAUUUUCUUUUGUUAAUUCAAAAGGAGAAGAAGUUGAGGUUAGAAAAAUGAGAUUUUUUGACAAAAUGUCCGAUUUUUCGAAUUAUAUUUUGGAAGAAUUAUCCAGGCAGCACAGGGUACAAGAUUUAAGUGAAGACGAACUUGCAAAGAUACAGAAGCGUUGUAAAAGGAAGGUGGACUAUUUGAAGCAUUUCAGCAAGCUCUAUGAAGCCUAUUUGUGCUACAAAGGAUGGUUUCACAAUGGCAACGUACGAAAGCUAAUGAAAGAUAUGUCUGAAGAAGAAAAAACAAGCUUUGAAAUUGACGUGACAAAAAUUAAUUGGAGAAAUUACUUUGUAAAGACCCACAUUCCUGGUGUUCAAAAGCAUGUACUAGAAGGGGGAGGAUACAUUAUUAAUGUUGAAACAAUUAAGUACACUUGA